AGACAUUUAAUUAUUUUAGGAAACAUCUCUAACCCGUUGCACCAAUCGGCGGAAUUAGACAUGACUAACUUGUUGUGAUUAUGUGUUGGGUUUGCUAACCAAGUCAUUACACAUUGAAAAAGUAAGGAACUUUGAUGUCACCAAACUCCAUUAGUAUGAGCCAUUUUAAGAGAUCACCGAAAACAUAUGAAUACUUGUUUGGUCCAAAAACGAUAAUAUCAUACUAAUUUGGAGUUAAUGGAGUUGAUGUUAUCUGUGAUAUUUGGUACUAAAAUGAUGAUGGUCCUGUACAGCCGAGCAAAUGAAGCUGCCGUUUAUUCCCCCUUUACUGCAACCUGCUGCUGUGGGGGAAAAAGAUUUGACGGUUGGCAUUAAUUUUGCAUCAGGAGGCGCCGGCGCUUUAGUUAAUACUUAUCAAGGAAGGGUUCUAGAGCUUCUAACUCAACUCAAGUACUUCAAAGAUGUGAAAAAACAUUUGAGAAAGAAACAUGGCAGUUCAAAAACAACAAAAUUGUUGUCGAGAUCCGUUUACAUGUUCAGCAUUGGAGGCAAUGACUACUUGGUUCCAUUUGUUGCCAAUGGGAAAUCCCAAAUGCUAGAAUUCUACACUAAAAAGGAUUAUGUUUCUAUGGUCAUCGGCAACCUCACCACCGUACUUAAAGGAAUAUAUUAUGAGGGUGGAAGGAAGUUUGUGACGAUAACGGUCCCGCCAUUAGGCCGUUUGCCCUACACUAGAGGGUACAAUAACGGGAAUAGGACAUCCGAACUAACAGAGCUUGCGAGGCUUCGCAACAAGGCACUCCCAAAAGCCCUCAAAAAACUUCAAAAUGAGCUGAAAGAUUUCAAGGUUGAUGGACGCGACGGAAGGGUGCUGUGGGUCCGGGCUGUACAGAGGAGUGUUGAACUGCGGAGGGGAUGGGUACCAGUUAUGCAAAGAUGUUAGGGGUCAUGGGUUCUUUGAUGCGGCUCAUGCCAAUGAAAAUGUGUAUAAACAAUGUGCAGAGUUGAUGUGGAGUGGGGAUUCAGAUGUCAUUUGGCCUUACAAUCUCAAAACACUGGUGCAAGCUUAGUUCUUGUGACCUGCGAAAUCAUCUUUUUGCAACCCAAAUAUUCGUUUAUUUGAUCUUCCCACUUAGAUGAUUUGAAUCAAAUAAAAUGGUGGAAAAAUCGUUUGAAAACUUAAGCUUAUACGCGAAAAAAAUGAGUACUAAAAUAUAGAGUAAUAAAAAUAUUACUUGAAUAACAUUAUUUUUAUACUACAUACAUGAUUUUUUUUUGAAAAGUACUUCAUACAUGAUUUUGGAAAAAAAUGAACUUAUUUUUCGGAU